AGAGAAAUGAGAGAGGUUUGGGAGCUCCAUGGGCAAACACGAGGUCCUGAUGUGUUAGUUCACGCUGGUUCUCCGGCAAGUUGGUGCCACCGUUCAGGAUUCCUCAAGUUUUCAGUUGAAGCUGUUUCCGCUGCUCUUGUUUUAGUCGCUGCAAGUCCAUCUUCUUCGGCCGUUUUCAGGUUGGCCCAUCACUGAGGGUCUCAAAGGACAAGCCGGACAAGAUCCAAGAUUCCUGCAACUUUCCUGAUUGCCACGUCCUGCUCAAAGACUUCUGCCCCCCCCCACGUACAUCCUCCUCUAUCCGUCUGACUCCCUCUUGCUCAGCAAUCCCCCACAUGAGUCCCUCCUCUAGUUCUGGCCUCAUUCUCUUAUUGUAGCUCUGUUCCUCCACUCCCCCUCUCCUUUACCUGUCCAAGAAGGACAGACUUGGCUUCUCCUCGCUGCCACGGCGCCCUUCCCUGUCUCUCCUGAUCCCUCUGUUCCCCUCAUGGGCUCCAUAUCAGAGAGCAGCAGCAUCACGUUCCCCGUAUCCUCCCUGGGAGCCUCUCUCCACCCCUGAACACCUCGCCGACACCCGCGUUAGCACCGACCACAAUGGAGCAGAAAGAUACGGUAAUGUCGAGCAUGCUGGCAGUGAACAAAAAGUUCAGUGAGGGGAAGAGGGACGAGGGGAGCGAGGACGUGGAGGGACGAGAGGAGCAGACGCAGCAGGACGGAUCUAAACCCGUGCUGGCCGACGGAGGACCCGACAAGACCCUCACCUCCGGCUCCGGCCCGCAGGUGUCCAACGGGUUCACCACGUCCACCCCUCAGAGCCCCAGGGAGGGAGCGGGGACCGCGCUGGGCACGGCGGGUCCCGCCUCCGGGCCCGGAGGGGGGACGGGGUCCUCGGGGCCCCCGGGGCCACCGGGAGGCCUGAGGACUCUGGUGGUCCAGCAGACCAGCCUGGAGAGGCCCAGAGAGACCUGGAGCAAGAAGAUGGACUUCCUGCUGUCUGUGAUCGGCUACGCUGUGGACCUGGGAAACGUGUGGCGCUUCCCGUACAUCUGCUACCAAAACGGAGGAGGUGCCUUCCUGCUGCCCUACCUGCUGAUGGCCGUGUUCGGAGGCGUGCCGCUGUUCUACAUGGAGCUGGCGCUGGGCCAGUACCACCGCAGCGGCUGCAUCUCCAUAUGGAAACACAUCUGCCCCAUCUUCAAAGGGAUUGGCUUUGCGAUCUGCAUCAUAGCUCUGUACGUAGCCUUCUACUACAACACCAUCAUGGCUUGGGCCCUUUACUACCUGCUGUCCUCCUUCCGCUCCACCCUGCCCUGGACCACCUGCACCAACAGCUGGAACACGGGCAACUGCCAACGCUACAUGUCCUCCGACCAGAACGUGUCCUGGUCCAACCUGUCCACGUCCCCCGCCGAGGAGUUCUAUACUCGCCAGGUGCUGCAGGUCCAUCUCUCGCCAGGUCUGCACCAACUGGGUUCUGUCAGCUGGCAACUGGCCCUCUGUCUGCUCUUCAUCUUCACUAUUGUCUAUUUCAGCAUUUGGAAAGGAGUCAAAACAUCUGGAAAGGUGGUUUGGGUGACUGCUACAUUUCCCUAUCUGGUCCUCUUCGUGCUGCUCAUCCGAGGGGCCACUCUGCCCGGGGCCUGGCGGGGCGUCGUCUUCUAUCUCAAGCCUGACUGGGAGAAGCUGCUCAGCACUACGGUGUGGAUUGAUGCAGCAGCGCAGAUAUUCUUCUCUCUGGGCCCGGGCUUCGGCGUGCUGCUCGCCUUCGCCAGCUACAAUCCGUUCCACAACAACUGCUACAAAGAUGCUUUGGUCACCAGCUCAGUGAACUGUCUGACCAGCUUCCUCUCAGGCUUCGUCAUCUUCACCGUGCUGGGUUACAUGGCCGAGAUGAGGCAGCAAAGUGUGGACGCCGUGGCCAAGGAUGCAGGCCCGAGUCUGUUGUUCAUCAUUUAUGCAGAAGCCAUUGCAAACAUGCCUGCCGCCACGUUCUUCGCCAUCAUCUUCUUCCUCAUGAUCAUAAUGUUGGGUCUGGAUAGCACGUUCGCAGGCUUGGAGGGGGUAAUCACAGCAAUGCUCGACGAGUUCCCUCACAUCCUGGCCAAGAGACGAGAGUUGUUUGUGUUUGGCCUCGUCUGCGUCUGCUACGUCGGGGCUCUGUCCACACUCACAUAUGGCGGAGCAUUCGUGGUGAAGCUGUUUGAGGAGUACGCUACCGGCCCGGCGGUGAUCACUGUGGUGCUGCUCGAAGUCAUCGCUGUUUCCUGGUUCUACGGUACCAACCGUUUCUGCAACGACAUUCAGGUGAUGCUCGGCUUCUACCCAGGGUGUUUCUGGAGGGUCUGCUGGGUGGCCAUCUGCCCCUGCUUCCUUCUGUUCAUCAUCAUCAGCUUCCUGGCCUUCCCUCCAGAAGUCAGGUUGUUCAACUAUCUCUACCCACCAUGGGCGACUGCCCUGGGCUACUGCAUCGGGGUUUCCUCAUUCAUCUGCGUGCCAGCAUACAUGGUCUACCACUUGCUUAAUGCAAAAGGCACAUUCAAGCAGCGUUUGUUAAAAAGCAUCACUCCAGAGCCCAACCCCGACAACAACAGAGACUUCAUUGUGACCAACGCAAUCUGACCAAGCGUUUCGGCGAAUAAAAAAAGGCGCUGCUCAAACUACCUGAAGCGCCCUCUUCUGGACAGUCUGCAAAACUACAGGACAAGGGGGCUACUUCUCACCGUCAUUGCCUCUUUUCAUACUUCACUCGUUCCUCUCUCUCCCGUGGGAUUAAGUCAGGCUGAUUUUCUUUAGCUUGGUUUGGUUUUUGAUGGUGGUUCAAAGAUAUUUUUGUGGUUCUACAUGCAAAGCCGCUGCUGAAGGUUGGAUGAUUAUACGCGACGGUCCACUCUCACUAUUUAAGGCUGUGUUUUUCAUAUUAUCUUGUUAAGUUAUGCAUUCCAAAAUAUGUAGCAAAAUUCAGGUAUCUUUUACAUCUGUUACUGAAGCCAAAUAAGAGAUCUGUUCUGUUCCUGUUUCCGUAUCGUAGCUGUUGUCAUGCUGUGUCGACUGUCAGCCUGUGUUCAUCUGGUGGCAACUUGGACAAAACGACAGAUUUGCAAGGAGGUCCCUACACUGUGAAGCACUGUCUGCUCGGGAUGUGAAUGGGGGUGCGUGUGACUGUGCGUGCAUGUGUGAAACAUAGACUGUUAUUAUAUCCA